UAAGUCACAUUAAAUAUGUUGAACUUAUGUUAUAAACCAGAUAAUUAUAUUAUAUACACAGAUGGCUCUAAAACAGAUCAUAAUGUAAGGGCAGCAUUUUAUGAUCCACAACUGGACUUUACUAAAUGUAUAAAAUUAAAUGCAGCAUGUAGCGUUUUCACUGCAGAAAGCUAUGCUAUUUAUUGUGCAUUACAACAUGCAAAUUCUGUAAAUAAUGUACAUACAAUUCUCAUAGUUUCGGAUUCUAAGAGUGUACUAUCUGCUUUAAACAAUGUAAAUAUGUCUUUUAAGCUUAAUUAUAUAUUAUAUGAAAUUAGAGUUAAGACCAAACAGUUACUGGAUAAGUUUAUUAAUGUAGAGUUCGUAUGGGUGCCUUCGCACAGUGGCAUACCCGGAAAUGAAAUUGCUGACGCUGCAACACAUUGGGAACAUUAUGAUGACCAGACAGAGCUCGUGAAGGUUCCAUUUUCCGAUUACCACAGCCACAUCAAAGAGAUCAACCGUAAAUUGUGGAAUGACUACUGGAAACUAACCCUAGAACAUAAAGGCAAGUGGUAUGCAGAUAUCCAAAAAGAAUUACGAACAAAACCAUGGUUUAAUAAUUGUGAAUAUAUUAAUAGAAGAUUUAUAACAACUAUAACUCGCAUGCGAUUAGGACACUGCUUAACGCCAGCUCACUUGAACAGAAUAAAUGUAUAUAACGAUAGCCGAUGUAAAUACUGUGAUGCUGAAGUUGCUGAUCUGGAUCAUAUUGUUCUGAAAUGUGCUAAUUUUAAUUUCCAACGUUUAAUUUUAGUAAGUGAAAUAUGUGAAUGUGAAGGUAAUGUUAAUGAUGAAUUUGAAUCCGAAGAAAUUCAACAAAGUGUUCCCCGCCAAGUUCAGGAACUACUUGCCAACAAGAAGUUUUAUAAGACAUUGUAUAAAUACAUAUGUAACACAGUAGAAAAAAUAUAAAAAGGUGUUAAGUUAAGAGUAUUGUAUUGCAAAUAAGUAGGUAUAAGAUUAUUUUUUCUUUGUAAUUUAAAAGUAUUUUAAAAUUAUCCAUGUUUUCGGCUGAAAGACUUGUAUCUAUGGCCAAGAAUAAAUUAAAAAAAAAAAUAAAAAAAAAUGAACUUAUGUUAAUAUUUCCCAUGCAUAGUCAUAUGUGUUUAAAAAUUUGUACGUUUAAUAUCAUUGGCGGGACUCCUUUUCACACACGGUCGGUUAGCCCCACGGUGAAAUCGUUAACGGCACCGACACUCUAGUUAUACUAGUGCUUCCCACACCCAAGGAAAACAGGCCAGCACCGAGACGGACGAGUACCUUACUGGCCGGGGGCUGCCCGGCUUGAAGCGGGCGGUAACUAGUCAAUGGGCCUUCGAUGGACCCUCCCACUGUCGAGAGUGACCCCUGGCGUCCGCGCUUACGUCUAUCUGCUUGGACUUAUAACCGGUCACUGCCACUCCCCGUGUUGUUUUCCACACAGCAUAGCUGUAGUGGGUGAAGUGACCUCUCCACGGAUGCUGCAUCGCCUGGGAUGCAGUUAAGAUAGUGCAGGCUUUCCCAAGACCUACACCACUCUCUCAGACAUCUAUUGCUGAUUAGACAAAGCAGAACAUAAGUUUCACCGUUAAGGAAUGAAGAUGGCGCUGCUUCAUUAAUCGUCAAGCUUGAUGUAGGCAACUGUCCCCCCCUGUUGUACAGUGCGCAAAGCGAUCCCCACUCUUCCGCCGAGAGCUCAUUAUCCGUGCCGAUAACUAUACUACGCUAUCCAGCAGUUUGGUAAUCUUUGGGUAUCAAUAAAUAAAACCAAUAAAUACACUUUUAAAAUCAACAAUAUUUAUUACAAAACUCACUCAUUGUCAUUAACAGAUAACAACUCAGUAUUUUUUUUUCAUUUAUCUGCACAGCGCAUGCAUCGUAACAUCAUCUGCGAAACCUUUUCACAACUAUGUUGGGGUCGGCUUCCAGUCUAACCGGAUGCAGCUGAGUACCAGUGUGCCACAAGGAGCGACUGCCUAUCUGACCUCCUCAACCCAGUUCCCCGGGCAACCCAAUACCCCUUGGCAAGACUUUCUGGCAGGCACUUGAACGUUCUAUGAAUGACUAUAUCACUCACAUUUCAGAGAUAGUUCUGCCAUUAUAUUCAAGAGACUUUACUCUUUUUCCCUGCUCCUCGUUGAUUCUGUAAAGAAAUUAAAAAAUAGAUUAAUUAUAAAAGAACUAGCUAUUGCCCGCAACUUCGUUCGCGUGGAAUAGUGACUACCAGCAGAUUUUUGAUUUGACCAAUAGAUGGCGCUAUAUGUCCGGAAUA